UGAGUGUGUAAAGUAAGAGGUUAUGUUCAGUAUCUAGCUAAAAUUAGGCCAUGUGCUUUAUAGACUUAUAUAAACUUGUCAAUAGUCUAAAAUGUUUUUAAUUUAAUUUUACAAAUGCAAUUCUAUUCUGCUUUUGGGGUAAAAACUGGGUAUAUAUGGCGAGCACUCUGGUGAUCCAGUCUUCAUCCUUUCUCCUUAUAAAACUCAGCGCGGAGUAAAAGUCCCAUGAAGGUUGGACUGAGUGUGCAGAAGGAACAGCGAACGUGACACUCGGGUAACACAAACAGUAACAAUAACAGCAACAACAAAACAUAGGAGCAGGAAUGGAGACCGACGCCGAUACCUUCUACCGACAUUUGCCUAAAGCGGAACUCCAUGCGCAUCUCAAUGGCUCUGUCAGCUUUGCAACUAUGAAGAAGCUCAUUGCUCGCAAGCCGCAUCUCAACAUCGAGCACAGUAUGACUGCCAUUAGCAGCGGCCAGCGACGAACCCUGGAAGAAUGCUUCCAGAUGUUCAAAGUGAUUCAUCAACUUGUUGACUCAGAGGAGGAUAUCCUAAUGGUUACUAAGGAUGUUGUUCGGGAGUUUGCUACAGAUGGCGUUAAGUAUCUGGAAUUGCGCAGCACGCCCCGAGAAGAAGCUAAAUCAGGUCUGUCUAAGACGAGAUAUGUUGAAACAAUCAUUGAAGCCAUCCGUCAGAGUAAGCAAGAUGAAGUUGACAUAGAUGUCAGAUUUCUAGUGUCUGUGGAUCGCAGAAAUGGCCCUCGUGUAGCUAUGGAGACGGUGAAGCUUGCCGAGGACUUCAUGCUGUCCAGCGACGGUUUGGUGCUGGGGCUGGACCUCAGCGGCGACCCUGCUGUGUGCAAUGGAAAAGAUAUGCUCCCAGCCCUCCAGAGGGCCAGAAACAGUGGGCUUAAGCUGGCAUUACAUUUGUCUGAGGUUCCUUCUCAGAAGGAGGAGUCUGAGAUACUGUUGAACUUGCCUCCUGACAGAAUUGGACAUGGCACAUUUUUGCAUCCUGAAGUUGGAGGUUCAGAUAGCCUUGUGGAUAAAGUUUGCAAGCAAAAGAUUCCUAUAGAGCUGUGUUUGACGUCUAAUGUCAAGGAUCAGACUGUACCUUCAUAUGACAAGCACCAUUUCCAGUACUGGUAUGAUCGGGGACACCCCUGCGUGCUUUGUACGGACGAUAAGGGGGUGUUCUGUACUGACCUCUCUCAGGAGUACCAGCUAGCUGCUUCCAUAUUUGCCCUGGGCCCGGAGGCUGUGUGGGAUCUGUCCCAUCAGGCUGUUCAGUGUAGCUUCGCCCCAGAGCCCCUGAAGCAGCAGCUGAAGCGCAGGUGGGCGGAGCUUAGACCUCAAGUUCUACAGCCCCCUCCUCUCCAGUGAAAGUCCUUCCUGGCAAAAGGUUUAAAUGGGCAGCAGCAUGCAUGUCCAGUGGACCUGCUUUGAUGGUACACGUUUUAACCCAGGGAAGUGCGCAUCUUAGGCACUGACACAUUGACUGAUGUGUCAUUUUUCAGGAUUUGGGCAGCUGAGACUGAGAAAAUAUUGAACAUUUAGUCACUGACACCUUUUUUAUACUGAAUGUGGAACUUGUCACCAGCAAGUUCCUUGGUGUCCAUCUAGCAGAGAACCUUACCUGGACCCUCAAUACCAGCGCCAUAGCUAAGGAAGCCAAGCAGGUACUCUACUUCCUGAGGAGCCUGAAGAAAACUCAUCCCCCUGGCACCAUCCUCACCAUGAGGACAGCCAAAAAGAUCAUUUGGGCUGCCUCUCUCUUCCAUUAUGGACAUUUACAACAAAAAUCCCUCAAAAAUAACCUCUCCUCUCUUCUACCAUCUGGGAAGAGGUACCGAAGCAUUCAGGACCUUAAAGCCACACUGUGCAAUUCCAUUUAACAAUACUUUGUUCUUAAUUUAGUCUACUGGCUGCUGUAUGCUAUUAGCAUAUCUGUUAAAAUAUCACAAUAUAAUACAUCCAUUGCACAUCCACUUUGUGUUGUGAACUGGUCAAUGCCCUAUGUGUUAUCUGUAUUUUCACAUUUAUUGUCUAUACUUAUGUUCUUAUUUUGCAUUGCAUCACAGUCCUGUAAGAACGUUAUUUUAUUUCACAGUAUACCUGUUUAUAGCUGAAAUGAGAAUAAAUAGCUUCGAUUAUAUUCACAA